AUGGCACCGAAGAAAGGUUCGGGUUCGGGCAAAAACACGCCGAAGAGACCGAAUCCUACGGUUCCUGAUAGUGACCACAUCGUCUUUAGCAAUCGUCAAGACGACAGGAAGAAGAAAGAUCACAAGGACGCAGAGGCGCCGGCUCCACGCAUCGACACCAAGAAAGUGAUUGGCGGUGCGUCUUGGACCGGAAAAGUACCUGUUCAACUGCUCUCAGAGCACUGUCAACGUCAGAAAUGGAACAAGCCUGAGUAUCAGCAACGACAAAUGCCCUCUCCCAACGAGGAAGGGCCCAGAUACCGAUCCUGGGUGAUCCUUUCUAAGACUGACCCAAAGACGAGGGAAGCCACUAGGCUGCCCCCUUUCCAGCUCCCAUCUCAAGAUGCCCAUCUCGCCGAUCAACCAACCGCGCUAGAAGCAAGGCAUUUCGCCGCUGCUUACGCUCUUUUCAGGAUCUCCAGCAUGAAGAACAUAUCGAUGAUACUCCCACCGAAUUAUCGGGACUUAUGGAAGGGGGAUUUCCAAAGAUUGAAAGAUGAGGAUUUGAAGGAGGACCGAGCCUGGAAGUACGAUGCUGACCCUUUCGUGGCUGAACUUAAACGGCAAGAGAUUAAGGCCAGGAUCGAGAAGAGAAAAGAGCAAGCAGCUGUGCAGGCCUCGAAGCCGGAGUCCAUCAGCUUGGUGCAUCAUGGAUCCUCCAAGCCAUCCACAAAAGCCUGGGACUAUGCUCCGAAACUCGAGUUGGGUGAUGCUAUUCGGACACGCAUUGAGAGCAUUAUUAGAUCGAAAAGUAUAUGGAAUCCAAAUGAUUUGCAGAUACCUGCUGCUGAGAGGGCAUCUAUUAUCUCCGACCUUUCAAAAUCAGGAUUCAAGCACAGCCAUAUCGACGAGGCCGUUGAAUACUGUGGCAACAGACAAGAAGUGUUGGAGUGGCUUCUCAUUCAUGUACCAGAAGACUCUCUGCCUGGCUGGAGUUUUCCAGCGGGAUAUAACGCAGGAGUAAGCCUUGUGACAAGUGACCUUUCCACUGAAGCUAAGAUCAAGAGGAUGAUGCAAGCUGGCUAUUCAAGCCAAAUCUGCAUUCAAGCUCUGAGGGACAAUGAUCGAGACGAAAAUCUUGCGUUAGAAGCGCUUCAGUCCAGGCUCGUGCCCCCAAUGACAGACGUGUUUCAGCAUCUAGCCGGAGAUGUUCGAGUUUGGUCCGAAGAAAUGAUGGCCUUGGAAGCAAUACUCGGAGAGAAGUUCACUUCUCACAGUCCAAGCCACUGCGCGAUCACAUCUGACCCUUCUUCGGCAUUGGCGGCGACAUACCACUUUCGAGAACCCAAAUCAGGCUAUCCAUUCUCUUCUGCCCCUGUCUUCUCGGUCGAGGCCCCAAGCAUACCUUCUCACAUUCGGCUCAGUAUUCUCAAGCGAGGAGUGGAAUAUGCUCAAAGCCAUCUACUCGGGGAUCAAAUGGUAUUUGGUCUGCUGGAGUGGCUCGAGACAUCAGUUCCCGGAAUCGUGCAAAAUCCGAAUUCGCUGACCGAACUUGAGAUCGUCUCUACAGACCUGAACUUGCAGUCUCAACCCACGACUGAUGACCUGGCUGGGCAUCAUACUCGACAAAUGAGAAGAGGAGAGAGACGUCAGCUAAAGGAUCUACGAUCAAGUGCUGCAAUUUACGAGUCUUGGAAAAUGCGACAGCAGAGUGGCGCUCAUAUUAAAAUGAAAGCAAUCAGACAGAGCUUACCCGCUUGGUCUAAGCAAGACAGGAUUAUAGAGGUGGUCUCCAAACACCAAGUAACCCUGAUCACUGGUGAAACUGGCUCUGGAAAGAGCACACAAGCAAUACAAUUCAUCCUCGACAGCGCGAUUCAAGAUUUGAAGGGGUCGUCAGUCAAUCUGCUCUGCACCCAACCCCGACGAGUGGCGGCCCUGUCGCUUUCCGAAAGAGUCAGUGCCGAGAGGUGCGGUAUCGAGGGUGAUGAGGUUGGUUAUAACAUCCGUGGUGACUCGAAAUUGUCUUCCACAACCAAGAUCACGUUCAUGACCACAGGUGUCCUCCUGCGUCGUUUACAGGGCGCAAAAGAUGUCAAAUCUGCGUUAUCUGCGGUCAGCCACAUAUUUGUAGACGAGGUUCACGAGCGCUCACUAGACACGGACUUUUUGCUAGCCCUGUUGAAAGAUGCUCUGUCAACAUUGCCUAAACUCAAAGUCGUUCUGAUGAGCGCCACUCUUGAUGCCGAUGUUUUUGCCGGUUAUUUUGGUGGUGAUAAAGUUGGCAGAGUCCACAUUGAAGGGCGCACAUUUCCAGUCCAGGAUCUUUACCUCGACGAUAUCGUCCUCCUUAUGAAUGGUGCUAAAUCAACUAUGCCAGAUGGUCCUCCGGAUGAAUCAGAGCUUCAUGUUGGGAAAGCAAUCCGGGACCUGGGUGCCGGAGUCAAUUACCAGCUGGUCGCCUCGCUUGUCAGAAAGAUUGAUGCGGAACUGGGAACUCUUGACGGUGGGAUCCUCAUUUUCCUUCCUGGUGUCUUAGAGAUUGAACGAUGUCUGAGAGCGUUGGGUGACAUAUCUUGUGUGCAUGGCCUCCCUCUUCAUGCAUCCUUGACGCCUGCCGAGCAGCGGCUGGUGUUCAGAAAGCCCCCGGCGGGCAAGCGAAAGGUUGUUGUGGCGACCAAUGUUGCAGAAACGUCAAUCACCAUCGAGGACAUAGUAGCUGUCAUCGAUACAGGGAAAGUUAAAGAAACCACCUAUGAUCCUGCUUCCAAUAUGGUUCGUUUACAAGAAGUGUGGGCAUCGCAAGCUGCUUGUAAACAACGAAGGGGUCGCGCCGGGAGAGUUCGAGCAGGAACCUGUUACAAGCUUUUCACCAAAAAUAUAGAGGCAAAGAUGGCCCCAGCGCCAGCGCCCGAAAUGCACAGAACGCCAUUGGAGCAGCUGUGUCUCUCUGUGAAAGCCACUGGGGUGGAUCGAAAUGUGGCCGAUUUCCUUUCCAGGACAAUAUCACCUCCGGAUAGCCGUGCUGUUGCCACCGCGAUGGUGACACUUCAACGUAUUGGCGCGUUGGAGAAUGAUCGCCUAACUGGACUUGGAACGUAUCUCUCGACGAUUCCUGCGGACCUUCGAUGCGGAAAAUUGCUCGUCUACGGGGUUCUUUUUGACUGUGUCGAGACCUGCUUGACCAUUGCGGCUACUUUGACUACCAGGAGUCCGUUUGUAUCACCACGAGACAAACGCGAAGAAGCGAAAGAAGCGCGAACAUCAUUCCCCACCUCUGACGGUGACUUAAUUCUCGACUGCCACGCAUUCAGUCAGUGGAAAGAGCGAUCCUCGGGAAUGAGGUACAGAGAGCUUCAGGAGUGGUGUUCAUCCAGGUUCCUCAACCAACAGAUACUUCGAGAUAUAGAUUCGACCAGACGACAGCUCCUUGAUUCUCUGAUUGAAUCUGGCCUCCUUCCGGUGGAGUACUCCUCAACUGUGGCUAUGCACAAUAAAAAUAGUGGUAAUUCGAUGCUGUUGAGAGCUGUGAUUUCAGGUGCAUUGAACCCACAGAUUUCAAGGAUUCAACUGCCAGACAAGAAAUACAUUGCCUCAAUGUCUGGUGCCAAAGAACUUGACCCCGACGCGAAGACUAUCAAGUACUUCAACCAGGAGAAUGGAAGGGUGUUUGUACACCCCAGUAGCAUCCUCUUCGACGCACAUAGCUUCUCCGGUGCGGCGGCGUUUGUUGCCUACUUUGCUAAGAUGGAGACCUCCAAGACAUUCAUUCGUGACCUCACACCCCUGAACGCAUAUGGCCUCUUGCUUUUCGGUGGGCCUAUCGAAGUCGAAACUUCUGGUGCCGGGCUCGUCGUCGAUGGGUGGCUGAAGCUACGCGGCUGGGCUAGAAUUGGUGUGCUGGCAUCGAGACUUCGUGUCCUGGUGGAUGACGAAUUGAAACGACGAAUAGAUUCUUCGAGCUUGCAGGUCCAGGAUGGAUCACUCUUUGAUAUCGUGCGGCACCUGGUGGAACUCAACGGCCAGGACAAGUAG